GUUCUGUUGAGCUGAGAUCAGACGCCUGUGGAUCAGAGCGCGGAUCUGCAGCUGACCCUUAUCACACAGACACACUGUUCGGAUAACCCAUCACGUUCAGCAAAACACCGUUUAUGGUUUUAACUGAAGAUUUCACAAUGUCUCGCACCGACGAGGUCCACCGCAUUACGGAAAAUGUCUAUAAGACCAUCAUGGAACAGUUCAAUCCCUGUUUGCGGAAUUUCAUUGCCAUGGGAAAGAACUACGAGAAGGCUCUCUCAAGUGUGACGUUUGCAGCAAAGGGCUAUUUUGAUGCUCUGGUGAGAAUGGGAGAGCUGGCCAGUGAAAGCCAAGGAUCUAAAGACUUGGGUGAGUCUCGCACUCCUGUUUUAGCUUCAAGGGAACAGGCAAACUGUGUGGCUUGA